GACCCCGUGACCGGCGACGGUGACUGCCGCUAACCGCGCCGCGCCGCGUGCCGAGUGGAUGUGAUAAACCGCUGCCGACUCGCUGGGACACGGAGGCGCUCGCUCGGCUGCUGCGGUCUUCCCCAACACAGGCGCGCGAGCAUGAGCUUCCUGUUCGGAAGGAAGAAGAAGAAGGACCAUGGCGAACCUGGCAAACACACGCCUGGCGUGUAUAAACCGAUCAACGGCGAUGUGAAUGGUGAGCCCAACCCGCCGCCCAGCCCCCAGCGAGUGGACGCCAAGGCAGCGAAGCCGGAGGCGCCGAAGAGGGAGGAACCGCCCAAAAAAGACAAGUCAGACUCGGUCAGCGACAGUGGCAACUCGGUCUCCACGAUGCCAUUCAGCAGCUCCAGCAAGGCCACCAAUUUUGACUUCAAAGAGUUCCUGGAGAAAGCAAAGGAAGACUUCGAAGAGAAAUGGAAAAACCCCUCGAAGAACACGGCGGCACUCGAGGACUUCGACCUGCUGAAGACCCUGGGCACCGGCUCCUUUGGCCGUGUGAUGCUCGUCCAGCACAAGGCGUGCAAGGAGUACUACGCCAUGAAAAUACUAGACAAACAGAAGGUGGUACGGCUGAAGCAGGUGGAACACACACUAAACGAGAAGAGGAUCCUCCAAGCCAUCAGCUUCCCGUUUCUUGUUAGUCUGCAGUACCAUUUUAAGGAUAAUUCAAAUUUGUACAUGGUUUUAGAAUAUGUGCCCGGGGGAGAGAUGUUCUCUCACCUACGGAAAAGCGGCAGGUUUAGUGAGUCGCACUCGAGGUUUUACGCGGCGCAGAUAGUGCUGGCUUUCGAGUACCUCCACUACCUGGACCUCAUCUACCGGGACUUAAAGCCCGAGAACCUGCUGAUCGACAACCAGGGCUAUAUCAAGGUCACCGAUUUUGGGUUCGCCAAGCGGGUCAAGGGGCGGACGUGGACGCUGUGCGGCACGCCCGAGUACCUGGCGCCCGAGAUCAUCCUCAGCAAGGGCUACAACAAGGCGGUAGACUGGUGGGCGAUGGGAGUGCUCAUCUACGAGAUGGCGGCCGGCUACCCGCCAUUCUUCGCCGACCAGCCCAUCCAGAUCUACGAGAGGAUCGUCUCUGGCAAGGUCCGCUACCCCUCCCACUUCAGCUCCGACCUGAAGGACCUGCUGCGCAAUCUGCUGCAGGUCGACCUCACCAAGCGCUACGGCAACCUCAAGAACGGUGUCAACGAUAUCAAGGGCCACAAGUGGUUCACCACCACCGACUGGAUCGCCGUGUACCAGAAGAAGGUGGAGGCGCCGUUCAUCCCCAAGUGCAAGGGCCCCGGCGACACCAGCAACUUCGACGACUACGAGGAGGAGAGGUUACACGUGUCCUCCACUGAGAAAUGUGCCAAGGAGUUCGCCGAUUUCUAACAGCGCCCCGCAUGUGGCGCUGCGGUCCCGACUGAACCAAGUGCCGUGUGUUUGUGUGCUGGCGCGCGCGCGUGCCGGGGGGCGCGGCGGCCGGCGGGGAGGCGUCCCGGCGGCUCGGCCGAGGCGCUCGGACACCGUGCGACCGGCCCCGGCCGGCGCCGCCCGCCGCCGACUACGCGGCGUUCGCCCCUCCUGACACCCCCAGCAUUAUGCUAUGUUCCGUGUAAUUACCGGGUUUUAUAUGAAAUGCAGCCUUUGCGGCUGCAUCGAGCAUGUGUCCGUGCGCUUGUGUGCCGGCGCGCGUGCGUGUUGGGCGCGCCGAGAGAGAGGGAGGCAGAGCGAGACCGGGCGCUUGCCGACUAAACGUUUGAUUUGUGGUUAUGCAUCGUCUGCCCAGGCCGCCAUAGAGACUAUAUACAGACAUGUUGUACAAACCCAGCAGCUGACCUUAAUCUCAACAAAUUAUUUCAUGUGAUAGGGCUGCGCGCUGCGCGUGGAUCGUGCCUGCGAGCCGACGUAGGCCGGCGACCAGCACCGGCCCAGGCCCUUAGCCGCCUGCUAGUGUGCGUGCUCUCGGUUUCUCCCGUUGACUGGCUGGCCGGCGGCGGCCGGCUGGCCCCGUGAUUGUAGUGCGCCGCCGGGGGCCGAGAGGUCAACGCGCCGGCGCUCCGGCGCCCCGGGUCUCCCGGGCCCGUCUCCGUCCGGCUCUGUUGACACCCCUCUCUCGAUGGCUGUGUGUGUGUGUGUGUGUGUGUGCGUGUGCGUGUGUGUGUGGGAAAGUGCGUGCGUCGGGCGGCAUCAUAUCCUGGUGGCGCGGGGCCUGGCACCCGCCCCUGCCCUCCUUGGAUGUAGCGUGUAUUGUCUGCGCGACAAUAUGGGAAGCGUCUAUAUUCGUUCGUAAGUGUUCAUUGUUUGUAGUUACAGCUGCGUUCAUAUUUUGUGAUUUUAGUUGGAGGUUUUCAUUAAUACAUUAAAGUAUAUUGAGAA